UGCUGGGGCCAGUGGCAGGAGCGCCGCGCACCGCCCGCCGCGGGGGGCGUGGGAUGGGGGAGGCAGAGGAGGGGGGCACACGCGCCGAUUAGAGCCAACCGCACACUUCAAAAGGGUGUCAGGGCUGUGCUUGCCUCCCGCGCCCCGGGAACUUCAAAGCGGCCCGCGCUGUCCCGGCCACGUCGCUCCGCUCCGGGGCCUCGCAGCCCCGGCAGCCGCCUGGUGGCCAUGACCCGAGCGCUGCACGCCGCGCUCCGCCAGGCUCUCCUGCUGAUCGCCGCCGCCGCGCUCUCGGCAGGAUUGAAGUGUGUGUGUCUUUUGUGUGACUCUUCAAACUUUACCUGCCAAACAGAAGGAGCAUGUUGGGCUUCAGUUAUGCUAACCAAUGGAAAGGAACAGGUGAUCAAGUCCUGUGUCUCUCUCCCGGAAUUAAAUGCUCAAGUCUUCUGUCAUAGUUCCAACAAUGUUACCAAAACCGAAUGCUGCUUCACAGAUUUUUGCAACAACAUAACUCUGCACCUUCCAACAGCAUCACCAAAUGCCCCAAAACUCGGACCCUUGGAGCUGACCAUUGUUGUUACUGUGCCAGUUUGCCUCCUGUCCAUAGCUGCAGUGCUGACAGUAUGGGUCUGCCAAGGCCGACAGUGUACAUACAGAAAGAAAAAGAGACAGAAUGUGGAGGAGCCCCUCUCUGAGUGCAAUCUGGUAAAUGCUGGAAAAACUCUAAAAGAUCUGAUUUACGAUGUGACCGCCUCUGGAUCUGGCUCUGGUCUACCUCUGUUGGUUCAAAGAACAAUUGCAAGGACGAUUGUACUUCAGGAGAUCGUAGGAAAAGGGAGAUUUGGUGAGGUCUGGCAUGGACGAUGGUGUGGGGAAGAUGUGGCUGUGAAAAUAUUCUCUUCCAGAGAUGAAAGAUCUUGGUUUCGCGAGGCGGAAAUUUACCAGACGGUUAUGCUGAGACAUGAAAACAUCCUUGGUUUCAUUGCUGCCGACAACAAAGAUAAUGGAACUUGGACUCAACUUUGGCUUGUCUCCGAAUAUCAUGAACAGGGCUCCUUAUAUGACUAUUUGAAUAGAAACAUAGUGACAGUGGCUGGAAUGAUCAAACUGGCCCUUUCGAUAGCUAGUGGUCUGGCCCACCUUCAUAUGGAGAUUGUUGGUACACAAGGUAAACCUGCUAUUGCUCAUCGAGAUAUAAAAUCAAAGAAUAUCUUAGUGAAAAAAUGUGAAACUUGUGCCAUAGCAGACUUAGGAUUGGCUGUGAAGCAUGAUUCAAUACUGAACACUAUCGACAUACCUCAGAAUCCUAAAGUGGGAACCAAAAGGUAUAUGGCUCCUGAAAUGCUCGAUGAUACAAUAAAUGUGAAUAUCUUUGAGUCCUUCAAACGAGCUGACAUCUAUUCUGUUGGUCUGGUUUACUGGGAAAUAGCCCGAAGGUGUUCAGUUGGAGGAAUUGUUGAGGAGUACCAGUUGCCUUAUUAUGACAUGGUGCCUUCAGAUCCCUCAAUAGAGGAAAUGAGGAAGGUUGUUUGUGACCAGAAGUUUCGACCGAGUAUCCCAAACCAGUGGCAAAGCUGUGAAGCACUCCGAGUCAUGGGAAGAAUAAUGCGCGAGUGUUGGUAUGCCAAUGGGGCAGCCCGCCUAACCGCCCUCCGUAUUAAGAAGACUAUUUCUCAACUUUGUGUCAAAGAAGACUGCAAGGCCUAAUAAUGACAAUCGUGUAAAAAAGAAAUCUCUCACAGCUUUCUUUCUCAUUUUCCCUCUUUAUGUGAAUGUUUGCCUUUUUUGUUGUUGUUCUACCUCAAAGAUAAUACAGUACAGUAUUUAAGUGCCCAAAGGCAGCAUGAAAAAAUAACUCUCAAGUCAAGCAUGGGCAGGAGCUGACUUCAUCCACUCUCUGUGUUGUCUUUAAUUUUAUUUUGAAAAGCAAUACAUUAACUCAUCUUUUUAUUUAAUAAGAAGGAUAUUAUAAAAGUGUAAAAUAAGCUAUAUAAAAAUAAUAAAAGUUAUUAAGGUUUUAUUUUACUUGAAUCAAGAGCAUAUGAAUGAAUAGGAAACAAAAAGGUAAAAACACAUUUUUUUCCUGAGAUAAAAACACAUUCAUUAAAAAUGUGAACUAGAGCAUGUUAUGUCUAGACAAAACUUUAGAUCAUACCAUCUAUGGUUUUCUCUAUUUCGUUUAAUUAAGUAGAAUCUUUAAAAAAAUAAAUAUUGCUCUGAACUUUAGUAUAUAAAACAAGUAAAAAUGGCGCUGCUUGGUUGGAAGAUAGAAGUGAGGUCAGAGGUCACUUACUUGGUCUCCCUUCCCCCUGUGUCCCUACUCCUCAUAAUCCACCACCACAGCAGCCUCUCAGGCAAACAGUUUGAAAGCCACUAAAAUUGUUACUUCCUCUCAUUUACAAAUGAGAUACCUGACAUCUUAAGGCAUUGAGAAAUGUUCCAAAGUCACAUAGCUAAUGGUAGAGCCGGCAGUAGGUCCAAAUCCUGUGGUAAUCCACACUGUGGAGUUAGCUAGCUUCCUACUUUCCCUUUAAUUCCCAUAGUGCUUUUCUCCUUAUGCAGAAACAACAACUUUCAUCAUGGUAUUUGUGGUUUAGUCAAACAGAAGACAAAUUGAGUUAUUUUGCUGAAUCAUAAUGGACCUGCAUGAACUCUCAAGACAAUAUCCAUUGAGAUUUUCCUCACAGAAAUUUCAUAGUCACCCUCUAGAGGAAUAUUGUUUUCGAAUACUUCCAGAGAUUAAUCAAGCAUGAAGAUCCAUUGUCAGAAGAUGUCUUUAAGAUGCAUUUCAGAGGUCCCUACUACUUUUGCACAUACACUUUUAGAAAGAAAAGAACAGAAAGAGGAAACUAGGAGAUAUUUUGAGAAAAACUGAUAAAACUCUUAAAUGACGUACAACCACUAAACCCUACAGAGGUAUCAGUUAACUGUGGAGAGAUAACCCCCUCCCCUUUCAAAAUGAGCUAGUGGGCGCAGAAGAAAGCUCGUGAUCAUUUGCUUUUAUUCUACUUCCUGUGGAGACGGACAAAUUCAGCGAUAAGUUCUGAAUAAUACAUGGAACAUUAAAUAUUUCCUUCAAAGCUUUGGUGAAGGAGAUUGAACAUGGUAUCUUUUAUUAUUCUAAAAUGUUCUUUCCUAAACUCUAUUCCUUAGAACACUCUUCUGCUGAGAUGAACGAAGACCAAAAGCGUUCUUUGAUAGAUUCUUGAAAAGUGAUACUGCACUUUCACAUAUCAUAUGCUUUGAGGAGUCUAGCAGUAAAGAAAUUUACUUGAAUUUCUUUAAACUGGGCUUCCUCAUUAUUUGACCAUGGAACCCUUUUGUUAAGAGCAGGGGAAACCUUUUGCUAUCACAAAUUUUAGGGUUCCACAAAGCACAACUUGGGUAACAGUAUUCUAAAGGAUAUACCUAGUAUUUUCACGUAGAGCACAAUCUAGUGAUCACACUUCAUUUCGCUAUGGAAAUAUGUUACUGACCCUGUCUUCAUUUGACUGGUAUGAGAUAUCGAAGGCAAAACUCUGACACCUGUGGUUUGCGUAUACUUUUGCUCCCAUUCAUGCAGUUAUCCAUUCAUUAAAUAAUAUGGAGCCCCCAUAUCUUCCUUGCCACAAUGUUGGGUCCCAUAGGGAGAUGAAAAGUUGGAUAAGUUCUGCCCUCAGGGAUUUUAAAGUCUAAUUUGGGAAUGGGAAUAGGGAUGUGGGUGUGUAGGGGAAGGAAGUAAAUUGGCAAAUAGGUAUAAUACAAAGUAGGAUGUCUUGAGUUCUAUAUGACAGUGGGUUUUGAAAAUUACUUUUAAUUUGCAUCACAUUUAGAAAAUAUCUUUAUUUGGCUAUUCCAGACAAUCUAAAUUAUAUAAUAAGUUUUAAAAGUGCAUAUGUGGAGGGAUUUUAAAAAGAGCUAUGUGAAGGGGUAGUCUUGCUUAUGCUUGUUAGUUUGAUUUCUCAUAGAUUGUUUCUGCAUAUAUGAGAAUGAAAUUAUUUAUUUACUAUGGUCAUACUAUAGUUUCAAAUAAACAAGAAUAAUAUUUCCUGUUUUAUUCAUUUAUGUUGGGUAAAUAUACUUAUUUAAUUUUUAGGAGAGGAUGUUUUAACAUUUUCCUUGACAUAAUGUUUUGUAAUCUAUUUGAAAGUGUCUGAAUAUAAUUCCAUAUUUUUAUUAGUUCAACUUUAACUUUAGAGAAAUCUGUACAUUUUGAGAUAUUUUUCUUGUUUUUGUGUUGGUUAACUAUAACUCCUAACUGAAUGGUCUUAUAUUUCAAUUACCACGUACAUUUUUUAAGAAAAUGGGUAGGUUAACAGAAAUGACAAGGAAAACUUAAAAGUUCUAAUUUUUCCUUGACACUCAACAUGAUUAUAAGUAGAAAAGGCUCACUUAGAAAAAUAGGAUAAAGUUUAGAGCAUAAGUCAAAUUUUCUGUAUAUACCUAUGCUGUCAAACUUCUUAUUCUUUGUUUUUGAUGGAGUCUUAUUGUAUAAUAUUUAUUUCUUUUGAAUUGUGUUAUAAGCAAAAAAUACUCUUCCUAGGCUCAAAGUGUCAGUGUUCUUUGCUCCUUUCACAUAUUUUGGCUUUGGGUGUAAUAUAAAGCUUGGGAAAAUGCUAUUUAUGAAAUUUCAGUACUGUAUAAAAUGGUGAUGGAGUUUGUAUGCAGCAUCACUUCCUUAAAAUAAGGGAAACAUUGUUUGUUGUCAAUAUUUCAGCAUGAACUUGUUGCCUUAUAAGCUAUGCAUUUAAGUGUGUAAUUGGUACAGAUUCUGUUGUGUGCUUUCUUCUAUGUCUAAAAUAUUUGGCAUGUCACAUCUAGAAUUCUUAAUUUAUGUUCUGACUUGAAAGUUAAGUGAAACAUGACUGUGUCGUGCACUAUUUUAGGCGUAGCACUUGUUUUUCAUCUUUAUACUUUCAAUUAACUUUGCAUUUUAAAUUUCCAUGAUUGUAUGAAAAUAGUAACCCAAUCGCAGUGUCUGAAGACUUCCAAAUCAGCUUUUGUUUUAAAAUGAAAAUCUACAAUAUAUUCAUUAGGUUAGAAGUUCCAUAAUAAUUUAUUAUUUUUAAUACUUCUACUUUAGUAGAAUUAUUAAACAAAACAAAACUACUUGUACUAUGCUGGAAUUUUGCCACCAUGUGACUUACUGGGGCAGAGAAAACUCAGGGCUAUCUAGAGUUUAUGCAAGAGUACCAAGGAACCUACUUAGCAAAUCACACGAAAGCAGGGAGCCCACGUUUGCCAUUACGCAAAAUUCAACUUAAAAUUGCUUGGCAGAGAAUAGUUUUUGAUUACUUAUAAGAUAAAUAUGGAAAUGUAUUUUGUUUAUAUAAAUUUAUUUAAAAUAUGAACAUUUUAUUUCCCAUCGGGAAAUUAAGAAAGUAACAGUAGCAAAUGAGUAAAGCUGAUGGCAAUUGAUGUCUUCUGUAAUCAUUUUGUUAAAUAAAUUUACAAAAACAAAAUUUUAAGUUACUUGGAAAUGGUUAGGAAUUAGUAUCUUAAAAUGGUAUCGUUGUGGUUUUAGAAGAUAUUCUAAAUAUCUUUUCUUUUGUGAAACAUACUGUUCUCUGUUUGACAAUGCUUUGUUUGAGGUCCCUCCACAAGCUUCUACCUACAUGGACUUUAUGUACUAUUUAGUGAAGACAGUAAUCUCUUUGCUCCUGAGGGCCUCUUCCAAACAGAAAAAAAAUCAGUUGGAAUAUAAAAAUUUCAUAAAAAUAUUAAUAUUAAAUAGAAUUUCUAUAAU